ACUAUGAAGGGCGCAUCGUGCUGGGUUAUUCUGUUGAUGUUUGCUCUUCUGGAAGCUUGGAGACUUAAAUGUUUGGCAGUUGCUAAUCAAGGUAAAACCUCUUUUCCAUUUUUCUUUUCCGAGGUAGCCUGCGAAAACAUCCGUUUCUCCUCGCUCUUCGUCGCUGUGGAGAAACGGAUGUUUUCGCAGGCUAUUUCCGAGGGUGAUAACAACUUCCCCGAGGACAAUCUUCCGGAUUGUUUAUGAUAAAUGGAACUACAAGAAAUGAAAAGCUUCAGUUCUCAUGCUCCCUUUUCUUACAGUGAAAUUUCUCUUAUGUCACAGAAACAAAUUGUAGUGCAUGAAUUUAUCACGAUAAAUGUCUGAGGAUUUCGUGUAACAUCGCUCUACUCACGACUCUCAAUAUAGAAAUCAUUCAGCAAGUAACUCUCCAGACGGCACUGCAAAAGGUUAAUUUUCUUGGACCAAAGUUUAUUUAUAACAUAGCGCGCGUGCUUGCCCUAUAUAAGUCCUAUUGAGCCGCUAUGAACAAAAUCUUUAUUUACGCACGCCCGUGCGUAAAUAACAUGAUGUAAGCUUUUUUUUUUUUACCUGGCUGCAAAGUUGUCGUCUUUUAAGCUGCAGUGCACUUUUCCUUCUCUUUAAAAUAUGGAAGAAACGAGCGAAGAAAUGCCAAUUUUUCUAUCGGCAUUGACCUUUCAGGUCCUGAUCCAACAGGAGCAAAAAUAAAGCCGAAUUAAAAAAACUCGCAAGUUGCGUGUUUUGCAAAUUUGUCGAAGACCAGCUGCAGCAAAUUUUGGCCGAAAGACAUUCACUGGGAACAGAAAAGACACCAGCUGGUCAUCAACAACAUUUAAAGGCAAAAUUUCCGUUUUAAUUGUUGUUUUUAAAUUUGUUAUGCACUUUUUCUCUCGCAAUAACAACACAAAUUACACAAGGAGACAUAAAUUUAUUACUCACAAAAACAACUGCUGCCAGGUCUUCUCAAGAAGCCGUAAUGACAAGCCAAUGCUCGUAAAUGAAUAUAAGUUUAAAGAAGGAUGACAGUCGUCUUCGCUAAAAACAUCUUUUCUGGAUUUCGUUGAGCAAAACGUAAACAUCUUUUCAGCAAAUCCAAACUAUACUCCACGACUUCUCACGAACAUGUCACGGAGGAUUUUAACUUUAGGUAAACUUUAAGACUCUUUUACCUUUGUUUCGGCUUAGUUUCCAUUGAUCGUUAACGAAUAAAGAAGCAAAUUUCUUUUUCACUUUUACAGAAAGAAUAUUUUCAUUCAAACUAGACGAUUGUGGCGUGUUCAUAAUCAGCCAAUAGAACCGUUUGUUAUUGUGUCGCGCGUUACGAGAAUUUUGCAGUUAAUCAAAAAGUAAGCAUUAUUGUCAGCUAUGUUAUAAAAGAAUUUGCUCAUGCUUUUAGCUGUGCGUAUAUCGAGUUAUAGAUGCACUUGGGAAGUUUGGAGAGGUCGGAGAGCACUCAAGAAGCUAGAGUUGCACUCGGCUAUCGCCUCGUGCAACUCUUACGCAUCUUUCGUGCUCUCCAAACUUCCCGCGUGCACCAUAACUCUAUAUACGCACGCUAAGCAUGAACAAAUUCUUGCCACACGAUUACAAUAAUUACAAAAAGAUGCCAAAAAAAAAAAAAAUGUAAGAAGAGAUGGCGAGGAGGCCUAAAAGAAACUAUAGAGCUUAUGUUAAUUAGGCCUCCUCAAUUACAAUUUUUCAAAGAUGGCAUAAAAAUUACGGCGACGGAUACUUAACAAUUAUUCGCCGAAGGCGAAGUUAAUAUUGUUGAAUAAUCCCCGAGACGAAGUCGAGGGGAUUAUUCAACAAUAUUAACUGAGCCUGAGGUGAAUAAUUGUUUUAGUAUAUUCACACGAAGUGAUCUCAACAGAAUCAGAAAGGAAACCAUUGAAAAACGAUUAGUUUGAUUGACGGGUGAAAAUUCAUGCGUGAACACGAAGCCGUAAACAGUGGAUGUGCAAAAGUUAGAUCUUUACAGUAUCUUCAAACAUGGCAAAUGAUAGUUUUAAUCCUUUUGUAUCGAGUUUUGUAAGAUUUAGCAUCAACGGUUUAAAAGAAAACGCCGAAAAUUUAAAUUACUACCCAAUUCUGAGAAGAAAAGUAUCUAGAGCUUUAUGUGUUUCUGUCAACUCACCGUGAAUGAGAAAGUUUUCUUCGUCGCUUCUUGCAAAUGCUGUCAACAGCGGCUGCGAUCAAGGUGAGCGUUGUUUAUCUCCAAAGUUCUUUGCCUUGUUAACUUGCUGGCACGUACAAUUUUCGAAAAUAUUUGCCUUCCUCUCUUCUCCAUAAAUUAACUUCUAUUUAUAGGCAAAAUUGGUCUUGCGAGAAAAUCCCGAAAUCACAAAACAGUGACAAAGCGACCUCGUUUUCCUCUGUAGUGGUAAACAUAGCUUCGAGCGUACAAAAAGUCAGCUAAAGUAAACCACUUCACAAUAAAUCAUGCUGUUUAAACACCAUGAAGUCUUUUCUUGCCUUCAAAGUCAUCAGCACUUGGAUAUUCGUGUAUUUUCAAAAAGGUUUUACUUUGAAACUUUGGCAAAACACCCAGUUCACGACAGCGAUUUUGUUCGGUUUUAUAUUCACCGCCUAGCGUGGUGAAUAUAACGUCAUAGUCCGAGAUAGCUAACCAAUCAGAUUGCUUGAAUUACCAAGAUCACUGAGUGUGUAUAUACUAAAAUAUAUUAUUAAAAACUGAAUCAUUGGAUAAUGCAAUUCUAGCAUUUUGAUUGGCUUAGCCGUUAUGGUAUAUGAGCUAAUAUACCAUGUUCUCCAUAUAUGGUCGGUGUACGCGUCAGUUUAAAAUGUGGAAGCUAGCUGUGAUUUUUUUUCGCGAAGGAUAGAACGGCGCCCGAAGCAAAUCGUUUUAAUUCAUGUCUUAGAAUACUAGAAAUGCAAUUUCAACGAAAGAAAAAAGACAAAAACAAACAAAAAAGCCACAAGAGCUUGUUUGAAAGUUUGUCGAAAAACACAUGAAAACACAUGGAACUAAAGUACCUUGACCAGCUACGAAAGAAGACAAGUGUUGUUUCUUCAUGAUCGCGAAGCCAUUCGCCGAUCGAGUCACUCUCCGAUAGAUAACUGCAGCUUGUUUAUCCGACAUCAAGAAUAUAAAUCACAAGUAACCAGCUACAAAUACAGGCUAUGCUGCCAUUCACUAGAGCAAUCGAGGCGGCAGUAUAGCUUCUUUUCUCGUUCAGCAAAACCAGCUUGUGGCUUCAAACAACUUCAUAACAAGCGACCGAGGUAAUACCGGUAGUUUUUCUCCGUUGUUCUUACUUUUAUAACUGCACCGAAAAUCCAAAUUCAUAGUAAUUUCGACGGCUGUCACUUAAAAAUUCCUUUCCUUCACAUUAUCUGCCAGGUUUUUUAAGCUGUUCUGCUGUGUAAAAUCCUAGAAUCACGAUGAGUUUUUAAAAAACUAAUGUUCAUCGCACAAUGUUUUGAUUUUUCAUUCAUGCAGUCUAGGCGAGCCCGGUUCGCGCGUUGACAUUGUUGAUAGACGUGUGACAUGUCAAUAGCGGAAGUCCCUUGUCUUUUCCGGUUUGUUCUAGUCGGGGCGAUUCAACGAGAUUUUGUGGGCGUUUUUAAUAAAACAAUUAUUCCACUCGGGCUUGUUGGAUAUGAAAUGAUUAUAGCCAACUCGGCGCUAUGCGCCUCGUUGGCUAUCUAUCAUCUCAUAUCCAACGCGCCCUCGUGGAAUAAUUGUUAAAUAUCAGGUGAAAAUUUAAACUAAUCAAUAUUACGGAAGUUUACAAAUGUUGAAUAUUAAAAGGCUUUUUCCCAAGAUUUUUGUUGGAGUAUACUAAUAAUUAUUACAAAUAAAUGCCUUAAGUGCUCUUUUAAAGGAGAAAGGUGAAGAAGCGUUGAUGAUGUUGGUGUUUAAGGUGUUGUAAAAUUUAGGUCCUUGAUAAAAAACGGAAAAUUGUUUGGUUCGAGUACGACAGAAAGGCAGACGAAAUUUACACGAGUUUCUUGUAUUAUACGAAUGAAUUUGACUUUGUAAGGUAAAUUUACAAUGAAAUUUUAAAGGUAGAGUAUGGUUUUGAUAGGAGUACAUGAAUAAGCCUAGUUGUAUUAAGUGUAUAUCAUGAAAUUUUAAGAUACCAAGAUUUUGAAAGAUUGGAUCAGUAUGUGCAUCGAAAGUGGUUUUAGCUAUAGUUCUAAUCACUCGUUUCUGUAAAAUCUCAAGACGAAUAAGGUUAGUUCUGUAAGUAGAGGCCCAAACUAAGUUGCAGUAAAAAAGGUAUGGAUAGAUUAGAGAGAAAUAUAGUGUUCGUAAGGUUUUCGUGGAUAAAUAGAAACUGGAUUUACGAAUAAUUCCUUUGCAUUUAGAAACUUUAUUGGCGACAUGUGAGAUUUCAGAUUUCCAAUUUAAAUUUUCAUCCAUGAUUACUCCCAAGAAAACUGUUUCUUUUACUUGAUCAAUUUUUUGAUUAUUAAUUAAAAGUUGAAUAGUUUGAUUUGUACGCUUUUGGGAUGGUUUAAAUGCAAUGAAUUUGGUUUUUUUUCAAGUUUAAUGAAAGCCUGUUAGCUCUAAACCAUAUUGACAACUUAUUUAGCUCAGCGUUCAGUAUAUUAGUAAGGCAGUCUUUAUCCUUGUGAGACACAAAUACGUUUGUAUCAUCAGCAAAUAAUAUCAGUUGUAAUAUUGUUGACAUGUUGAUUAUAUCGUUGAUGUAGAGCAGAAAAAACAAAGGCCCUAGAAUUGAAACUUGGGAAACGCCACACAUGAUAUUAGCACGAUACGAAACAUAACCAUUGUAUUCUACAAAUUGAAGUCUGUUGGAAAAAUAGCUCUUAAUCCAUUUCAGAGCCAAGCCACGUAUACCAUAGUGUUCAAGUUUAUCAAAUAAGAUGGAAUGAUUGACUGUAUCGAAAGCUUUCGAGAGAUCUAAAAAGACACCAACCGCUAAUUCACCAUGAUCAAUAGCAGAUGAAAUUUUUUCAAGCAAAUCAAUCAAGGCAAGCGUCGUAGUGGUUUUUGCUGAAGCCGAACUGGUUAUCACAGAGAAUAUGUAAAUUAGUUAAAUAAUCAUACAAGUGAUUAUAGAUGAUUCUCUCUAGAAAUUUUAAAAAGCUUGGUAGAACCAAGACAGGCCUAUAGUUGGUGAAUAGUGACUGGUCAUCAGCUUUAAACAGUGGUACCGCACGAGCUAUUUUCAUUUGAUCUGGUACAACACCAUGAGUGAUCAAUGAAUUUAUAAUGUGAGCCAGAGGUCCCGAAAUUAUUUGAAUGGAUUCCGCUUUCCCGGAAGCAAAAGAUUGAGUAAUGGUAAUAAUUUCAUCCUCUGUUGUUGGGCUAAAAAAGAUUGAUUCUCAAAAUGAUCCAGAUAGAAAAUCUUUAUGUGAAGAGGGAGGAGGCUGUAUCUUCUUUGCGAGGUUGGGACCAAUACUAGAGAAGUAGCUACAAAACCUAUUUGCUACUUCCACUGGAUCAGAAAUCUCCUGACCGUCUGACUUAAAUAUUGUAUUUAAUUGAGGCCUUGGCUUUUUUCUAUUUAAGACUUCGUUUAAAAUUUUCCAGGUCGCUAUUUGAUUUAGCAUCUUCCAAUUUCUUUUCAUAAUAUCGACGCUUAGCCAAACGCAAGGUGUGAUUCAAUUUGUUCUUGUAUCUUUUGUAGAGUGAACAAUUGUCGACUGUUGGAACUUGAAGAUAUUUUUUGUAAAGUUUAUUCUUUGUUUUAAUUGAUUUAAGGUAUCAGCCACCCUUCAGGACCGUCCGCGCGCAGAUCGCUGUAGCGUUAGUUGUUUUUAUAAAAACCCCUAUAAACCAUAUAUUUUUUAAAAGUUUAAUAAUUCCAGAUUAUGGAUUUGAACUAACAAAAACGAUUUCCUUAAAUGUGUUUCGAAAUUGGAACGCUUUGUGUAAAAGUACACGUCUCUAUAAAUCAUGUUCCACUCCCGCCGGAAAUAAACGGAAGAAAACAAUUAACACCGCAUUCGCUUCUCAACACGUUCCACUAAAAAACCGUGUCUCAGAUUUUUGACAAGUGCGUUUGUUUUUCUUUUAUUUGCAAAUGAAGUUGGGGAAAGCAAUUAGUCAACACUCCCUGUGGAAAAAAAGCUCUAGCUUUAAAACGAAAAGGAGUAUUAAAAUUCGCAGACACGGUUUUGUAGAAGAGAUAUAUGGCAUCACUCCGGCCAAAUUUUAGCCAAAUUGAUUGAAAGGCUGCCGACUUGGAGUUCAAAACGUACGAGUCGAUCGGCAAAAUUUGCGUUCGGAGAUAAAAUAGAAAAUACAUUUUUGGCGGCAUCCUACCUGGAAUGAGAUUAUAACACCUAAAUGUUUAUUCUGAUUGAUAUCAGAGAGGGAUCAAUUUUCUCUAACAAUAGGACUUUGACAGGUAACAUGUAACAGGAACAAACUUUUUAUUGCUAUCAACAUCUUCAACAACAGUUUAAUUCUCCGUUGGAAAACUUCCCCUCUUUUACACCACGAGAAGCACUGUUUAAUUGUUUCUUGAGCAAAAGUUUUGCCUCUCCUUCGAUCCUUUUUGUAUGAUCCGCCCAGGCGUUUUUGUUGAUCGGCGCCAGGCCAAGCAAACUAAAAAGCUCUGAAGCCGCCGAAUGUCCACCACCGAUUGCUCGAAGGCCAAGAACUGAGGCCCGGUUUAUUUCAAACGCUCUGCUCUUCUCGGAAGAAUUAAAAACAGAAUUUGUCUUGUGCGACGGACAGCUUUCAUUCUCGCACUGGAUUCUCCAGGUAGAACCAAGUCCAUGCUACAUUUUCCAUGACUUGGACUCUUCCCUGGCAAAAUAGACAAGAUACAGAUUCGUCCAGUUUCUCAAGCAGCUUUUCGCUCGAUACGAUAGCUCGACCGCUUAUUGUUUUCCACGUUCCAUCAGCAGACGGGGUCGAUGAGCUUAAUUGGCUUUCUUCAUCUGGCUCUUCAAGCUGGAUUUUGGAGCGGCUUGCACUCUCAGCAACUGCGGCGUUUUCGCUUUUCUGAAUAUCCAACUCCUCGAGCCACUUCUCUUGCUGAUAAAAUGAGCCUUUGUCGCUCUCUGCCAAGUUUGCGGCCCAUUCUUUGGCAAACUCGCUCUUCGAUUUCUUUUUCGCUCUCGGUUCGAUGACGAAAACGGACACGACCUUUUCUUUUUUCACCGAAGCAAACGCUAAAUAUCCACGGAGCAUACUAAAGGCUAUAAACAUUGCGAAGACAAUUCGCACGUGUUGUGUCGAAGCACGCACUCGGUAUCACGCUACUAGUUCACAGACAAGUUAAUUGAUAUAUGACACGGGUAUGACAGAUCUUGUCAACGAUCAAUUAAGAUAAUUAACGAGAAAAAAUCUUUUACCCCCGAUAUCUUUCGACAGAAAUAAUAUUUUCUUCUGAUUUUUUUUUUAAAGAAGGUUCUCAAGCAUAUCUAUUUGAAAACGUUGAAACCUCAAAAAUGGAAAAAUGGCAAUUUUAAGGGUGGCUGAUACCUGAGCAGAGCUUUCGUUUUUAACCACGGUUUUUUAAAGCGCCUCUGCUUUCUAGUUGCCUUCUUGAGAGGGAAACAAUCGUUAUAAAUCUUUGUAUACAUUUCAUGAAAUCGUUUGUACGCAAUAUCUGGCUCAUCACAAGUUUUAAUCGAAGACCAAUCAACAACUUCUAGUUUUUCAACAAAAGUAGGAAUAUUAUUCGGAUUCUUAUCUCUAAUAAAGAAGGGGUCUUGUCGACAUCGAUUUACCGACGUGUUAACGUUAUCUGAAUAAAUUGAGAAGACGGGUAGAUAGUUUCUCAAUGGAGUCCACAUUUUAUGCAGGGCCUUAUUACAAGAGCUCAUUUUGAAUAAAACAGGGUUAUAAAUAUGAAUAUUGGAACUGCGAACGUUGCAAGUAGUAGACUUAUCGUUCUAGAAAAAGAAUUGUGAGGUAAAAACAAAUGACAGUUACAUGUCAACGUUCCGAGUAACUUCCAUCCAUUAAACCCCUUUGGAUUUAAUAACAAUCAAAAAUUAAAAAGUGUACAUCUCCAAGUAAAAUAAAAAGGUACGUAGAGUGUUACAACUGCCAAAGAAAGAAGACUACAGCUAAGGUGGUUUUAACUCCGAUAAUCUAUAAUCCUACUCUCAAGCUAUAUAUAUAGUUAAGCAAAAUCCAGGAGAAUUCUCAAUGUAGUCGGGAUAGCGUUUUUUUGCUUGUAGCUUAUUCCUCUCACAAGGCAAUCGGCAAUUUAAAAAGUUGCAACAGUCAACACAUUGACAUACAGUAGAACCUCGAUAACUCGAACUCCCGUUAACUCAUACCAUUUCCCUUGGAUUUCACCCCACCUGUGUAAACUCGAACUCGGAUAACUCGAAUUCCUCGCUAACUCGAACUAAACUUCCUUUCAAGUUACACGGGAAUUUACCCCGAUAACUCGAAUUCUGGUUCUUGUAACUCCACUCGGAUGCCAUUUCAUUAGCUCUUCUUGUUUUAUAAUUGGUAAAACCAGUAAAAUUUACACUACAGCAAUUUGAUUUUGAUUGGUGCAACGAACAGAUCACGUUUUAUCAUAAGAUGCCCAAUCAUGUUACCAUUUCUGGUGAAAUACGAGUUAAAUUUGCACUGUACUAUACACUGGAGCGCUGGAAAAUCAGUAACUGUUAUAUAUUAAGAUGGCAAAUUUGACACUCAAUCGGCCCUUGUAACUCGAACGCCCGCUUUCUCGAACGAUUUUUCGUUUCCCUUCAGAGUUCGAGUUAACGGGGUUUUACUGUAUUUGGUUGAUAAAAAAUUAAUUUACUAUUAAUAAUUCCGUUUUGGCAAAACCCUUGCUAAGACUUAUUUGGUUAUUUCUUAGCGGUACAACUCCUUGAAAGCCAAAAGGCAUCGCGUUUUCUUCAAAAACUGAGGUUAAAGGAGAGCAAAGAGCACAAAAUAAAAAAAUUGAUAGGCCUAUUUUUCUUACUUUCAAUGGGCAUGAAGCACCCGUCGGAAAAUUCACAAAAAGAUACUAUUUCCAAUUUUUGAUCUGAGUUAGUUUACCAAUGAAUAUAAUGUAUCCAAGGUAUCAAAAGUGUCAGAAGCUAACAAAUACUGCAAGCUCUCGUGCCGAGAAACAUCCUGGCCCGGUUUGUUUCUUUUUGUAUUCUAGUUUGCAUACUACUGAGCGGAGAAUUGAAUUAGUUAACAAUUUUGUAUUUUACGAAAAAAGAAGGGUAAAUUAUCUUCUUUGAUAAGAAGGAAGUUUAUUAGAAGAUAAAUAAAAUAAUCUUUCACAUCUUUUUUAAAUUAAAAUUCAAUAGUUUUGAAGUCAGAUCUCACAAUGUCAGUCCGACUCUUUCUAAUUUUCCACAAUCAGCUGCACAGUUAUCUUUAUGCAGUGUCGCCUAUUUUCACCUGUAUCUAACGAACCUGUGUGGGGGGAGUAUUGACGCUUCUCGUUUUGUACCAUUUACCUCUGCUUACGUUUAAAUUUCAGAGGAGUCUGUUUGUCAAAUUUGCUCCUGUCCAGUUUCAUGGAAAGGCCAAGUUGUGAAAUGCACUGGCAAAAAUUUAACUCAACUACCGUCUAGUUUCCCUGCAUCAACGAAAAUACUGUGAGUAUAAAGUUCAGAUCAAACGGUCUUAACACUAAAAUUUCCUGACAGGCGAUGUGGUAACUGUUUGACACCACGUCUUAUAUUUGUGAGAUGUUACGAGGAGUCGUUUAACCUUUGACGCUACAUUCCUUUUCCCCUCAAAAUUUUCAGGCUGUAUAACCUGCUCUCUCAUCUUUGUUGUACUCGUGCAGGCGCCGUGUAAUCAAGUUUCUGUUAUCAUUAAAAAGUGAUCAUGUCAUCGCGCCAGAUGAGGGAAUGUUGUGGCCAUUUCAGUCUGAAAUGAAAGUUGUAAUCAUGUUGUCACCGCAGCUAGUCGUGCAUGGGCUGCUUUGGCUGGGUGUGUCAAAAUGGAAAGUAGCUUGAACGUUAAUGGAUUUUUCUGGGUGUGAAACUGCCUCUCUUGAACCGUGUGUAUAAUCUUUUGUACUAUAACCCUGUUUACUUAGACAUUGCAGUCAAGCCAGGUUAAGCGUACCCCCCAAAAAUCCAUUAGUGAAUUUAUUAUUCGAAAGUUGAAUCCGUUGGUAGUUUAAGAUUUCAGGUGUAUCUCUGCAUUCCUGUAGGCGUAAUAAGCAGUGAAUUCACACGCGAGGUCGUUAUGAAAUUUCUGGUUGCUCAGUUUUCCUGAAUUUGAUAUGAAUGCUGUCAAAGCUAUUUUAUACAUUCAAAGAUUUUCCAUCUGACCAUAUACUGAGAAGUUGCAGUCAAAAAUUCACUGCUGGUUAUUACGCAUGCGGCAAUAUAUAAUGCAAAUUUAAAUUUGAUGAUGGUCGUAUCAACGACUAACGGAUUCAUUUUUUUAAUUAAUCGAUUCAUUGAUGGAAUGUAGGAGUUAUGCCCUAACUCCGACUCUUCUCUGCAAAAUUCCGAUGUGAGUAAUUCAGUUAGUUGGUCCCUGUACGAAUUUCUCUCGGGGAAGUUAAAGAAGAAACUAAUAGCCUUGCCGUUCUAAACUAUAGAAACCAUCUUGCCUUUAACAACAGAAUAAAAGAGAAUUCCAAAGCUUUUCUUUUUAUUUGUAGAUACUUAGACCAAAACAACCUGACUAGAAUCUCAAGAGGAGCCUUCUUGAACUUGCGGAACCUAACCUACCUGUGAGCAAUUCAUUUGUUUCUCUAUUCUGGUGAAGACGAUUUAAUAUAUUCAAUAUAUUGAUAUGGCUAUUUUGAUCAAACGCAUUCUUCACAGGAACCUUGGACUUAACAACAUAAAAUAUGUUGAGAAUGGAAGUUUCAAAAGUCUUAGCAUCUUGGAAGACCUGUAAGUAACCGGGCAGGUGAAAUGUAUAAUCAUGGCAUGGCCCUUAAGUAAUACAUCUCAGGGGCAGACGGGUUGAUUUAAACCCGUUGCCUCCAGGGUAAAACCAAUAGAGCUACCGUAGACCAUUUAAACAUGGAGUCUUUCUAUUCUUAAUACCCGCACAGGAAGUUUUCGACAUUCUAGUGGUAGAGCGCGUGUCACAAAUAAAAUAGAAAACGUCCAGUGAACCUCAGCCUUCUCUUACUAACAAAACAUUUGACCACUUCACCGCUCAGUCCAAAGCAUGCCUAUGACAGUCCGUCUACUUUUGAGUCAGAGUCAGUUAUAAUCCCAGUCCUCAUUGACCAAACAUACUUUACCACACCUGUCAAUGAGACUAAAAGUGUUUCUUUUUUUUCGAUAGGAAAAACUAUAUGCCACUAAGUUAUCGACGUUGAUUUUUGCCAAUUUAAACAAAUGACAACUAAUGAGAUUCCUAGGCAAGAAUCAGUUUCUUUAAAUCCCCUUUAUUUCAAUCAAUCAUCCUAGUGGCAAUUGUGACAGUCAUGGCGGCGAUGAUUUUCGCAUGUAUCCUUUAUUGUGAUGACAAUCACUGAUGAUGGUUAUGAUUUAAUAAAUCUUUAGGUACCUUCACGAUAAUAGCAUUGAAAGCCUUACUCCUGGAGUAUUUGAUGGCCUGGAAUCUUUGACAGACUUGUAUGUGUAUUCUAAUAUAGUGCACUGGUAGUUAAGUGAUGUUCGUUGUCACUGUAAUUUUUCACCAUUAAAGCACACAACAAGCAGAGUUGCUUGUCUGGAUAAAUUUGAACGAUUAUAUUUUACUCCUCUUUGAUAGAUUCUACGACUAUUUCUAAAAUUUUCCCGGGGACAUUCUGGGUCUGUGAUACAAAUUUGUCUUCAUAUUUAACAUCUCAUGGCAAUUCUAAGUUAUUAAACCAGCUGGUUUUCUAACUUAGACCGUGAACUGCCGAAUCAAAGUCAAUAGUUAUCUACACCUUACAAACUCUUACUGGCGAACUCAACCAAAACUGACAAAAAUAACUGGAGUAACCGGGCAAACCAACAAUUUGAUUAACAAUAACGACCGUUAUUACUAUAACAAAAGAGGCAUAGAAACCCACCACAAAUAUGAAAGAGUCUUCAUAGCCAAUAACAUAACGGUUUAACUGACAUACGACCAAUAACCAAUCAGGUCAAUAUAGUUGAGUAUCAUCAACUGAAGAUGUGAUAGCCUGAGAAAAUUCCCCACAUUUCUCGAAGCUACCACUGGUUUACGCGCGAAAUGACGUUUUAGAAACGAACGCAGAAAUUCCAUACUGAUGACGCGUCACUACCCAGAUCUGGGUAGUGACGCGUAAUCCUACCACAUAGGUACCACCGGGAUAACUUUUGAUUUCGUAUCACGUUUACAUAAUGACUAGGUCCUUUUAUAUCUCGUUAUUUGAAGAUAUACUUCAUGUUGUUAAAAUAAACGUGAUUCAAAAUCGCAAACAUUACGCAUGCGCUACCCGUUCCAGUCUACCAGCAGACCGAUUGUCGUUUCCCGUUUAGAUGAUACCGUUGCGAGAUUUCGUACUGGAGUGAAAUUCUCGCCCCGUUGCAGCAACCGGGGUGAACUCACGCCGGGGUGACUCGCGCCGGCAUGACGUUUUGUGGUGGUAUCAUGUAAACAAAUAUAGAGCCAUGAGAGGGAACCGGAGUGAACUAGCACCGGCACGAAAGUCGCCCCGGUGUCAUGUAAACACCCCUAGCAAAAAGCUAAUUUGUUUUGCGCGGAAGUGAAUACCACCUAUCCAAACGUAACGAGAUGGAAGAUGGCGGCAGUGAAACACAGAUGCCAGAUCAAUAUCAGAAUAAGGUGGUCGAUCGAAGGGAGCUUAUGAAAAGUUGAACAGGCAAUUGUUCUGGCCACAACGAAGCUCAGCGAUUUAAGAAUAUGUCAAAAGAAAUCAUCAAUAGUGGAUGUUAGAUGUUAUGUUGUGCUUUAUCUUCGCAUACCCCAUGGACAAGAAAAUAAGCGUCGUACCGUUCCUGGCAGGAUGCGGUACUUGAUCGGAGGCGCUGUGUUUCCGAUCAAAGGCGGCGCUCUUUCUAGAGACUACUGUAUCUGUUUAGUUUCUAAAAUAGCCGUAUUUGUCUACAGGUUUUCUUUUUGUUAGUCCUCCACUGACUUUUAUUACUUCCAAAACAGGAUGCUUCAGAAUAACAAGAUUUCAGAGCUUCUUAAUGGCACCUUCCGUGGCGUAAAUUCUUUGGUUAAAUUGUGAGUAUUGUUGUGGAGUAUUCUAGGAGUUAUUUUUAAGACAGGUCUCUGUUAUCUUUUAAGUUUAGUUUUUGUUUCAUUAAGUCUUGUUUUUAUCCACGUACUGUUUUCCUGUUUUGAUCUUUUAUUUUUACUUGUACUUGAAUUCAUGCUUAGCUCGCGAAUUUGUUUAUUGCCAUAUUAGGAAUGUUAUUCGCUUGGCAUUGUCAGAUGUUAGUUUUUAACAGGUGGUCGUGUUUGUGGUGUUAGAGCUGACCUUCGUUCUUUGGUACUUAUCAGUUGCGACUGUGCGAAGGCUAGUCUAUUCCCUAACAAUAGCAAACCUGUUACAAUGUUAGCGAUAAGGUAUACAAUGGAAAAUCUUCCGGUCAGCUAACCCAAACAUGUCCAGCUUUGGCUAUUAAAACCGCUACUAUACUUGAACUAGUUAGACGUAAGAGUAAAGAGGAGAAGUAGAGUAAAAGUAGAGAAGAGAGAGAAGAAUAAAAGCAAGAUGUAAAUCAGAUUCCUGGUACCUCUUCGUGUAGCGAGCGAGUUGCUCGAACACGCCCCCACAGUAUUAUAAUGUACAUUUGUAAUAGAGUUUUCCGAUUUAGUGGAAACUCCUUUUGUUCGGAAAUAUGUUUUCUGUCUGUCAAAAUUUCCUAGUUUAAUGCCCUUGUGACGCUUGCUGAAAUAAAGCCGGCAUGUGGAUUUCUUUCAAACCGUCGAAAGCAUUUUGUUAAAAGAUUUAUAGCGUAAGAUGUACAUUUAAUGUAAAAUCAUUGGACGUCUAGCGAAUUAAACACGUUAGAAAAUUAUAACGUUUAACAUCACUGGAAUGCUAAUUUCAACAACAAAAAAGGAGAAAAAGCGAGAGAGGCAUUUUGAUAUAAGCCAUCAUCUGAUUAAAAACCGUUUGUCCAUAACGCCCUGGUCGAUCGUGUGAAACAACUGAAAGGAGGUGCUUGCUUUGGUUUGUUUUCAUUGUUCUGCUCCAGCUGUGCACUCGUAUUGUUUACAUAAAAAUGGCGGCAGGGCAUUUUUCAUUUCCAAUAAAUCGGAAAACACUAAUUGAAACACUUCUAACGCCAUGUUUUCUGCUUAACAUUUUUCAUUAAAACUGCCUUACAGUUUUAUUAUACACAAAUUGUGCGUUUUUAAGUUGUAUAAAUACCUUAUGAAACAAUUGUUACAUUUGCUUCACUAGAUUAAAACAGCACAUAAUUUGCGCGAAAAAUUCAGAAAAUUCAUCCAUUUUCCAUGAGAUGAAUUCUUGGAAUGGUUGAUCUUCUGAGAAGAUAACCAUGUCACAGUCAGCGCCUAAAGAACUGAAGACUUUCCAUUGCUCUUUGCUGAAAACAGUAGUUAAAUGUACCAAACAAAAAUACAAAAACAAAAACGAUGGCCCCCUUUUUCGCUCGUAUAAUCUACGGUUUCGAGCCACACUAUAUCGCCUUGAGGUGCCAAUGCAUGAAUUCUGAUAAGAAAAAACGUUUCUUGUGCGAGCAAGACGUGAAAAAAUGAGAUAAUAUAUACAACCUUUUGACCUGUUCCAGGCAUUCAGAUAAUAGUGAGAGAAGCGAAAAGAAAUAAUAUUGAGGGAAUUGCAUUGCUCCCUACAAUCAUAGCGCCUGGAACAGCUAAACUAUUUCGUGCCUCGCUAUCAAAGUACCUCAUCCUUUGUAUGCUGAACAAGAAAGCAAUAGACAAUACAUACACUGUAAAUAUCGGCGGUAAUCACUAAAACGUCUAUUUUCGUUUACCGAUUCCCUUUACAGAUAUCUCCAGUAUAACAACAUUACUUUCAUACAAGAAGGAUGUUUCGAAAAUCUUCUGACACUACAAACUCUGUAAGUUACUAAUAUACAGUUAAUGUCAGAUCCCAAGGUUUCGUCUCGGGAAAACAAAACUAACUGGUUUCCCGAGGGACCUGACAUUAAGUGUUUUGUUAUAUUUCUAGACUUUCACUUCAACAGCAACAAAAGAAUAACCGGAGCGAACCAAAACAGUCGACUCGGUACUUAUAACAACACAAAUUUAAUUCUCAAAACCACUGAAUGAAUGAUUUACGAACAAAAGUACUUUCCUUAUAUUAUCUGCAUCUUUUUCCUCCACUAGCUGCUGUUUUUCGUCUGGGAACUUCUGGGAUAAUUUUAAAAAUCGUUGCUUUUUAGCUUGAGGCUUCGUGUUUGUGUUGUUGUGUUCAUUCACGAAAAAGAAAACUGGCAGGACCUGGCGGUGUAUUUCCCGCCUUCUGUCACGCCACUUUCCACCAUGCUUUGAAAACGUGCUACAAUGUAUCCCGAGCGGGAUACAUUUGAUUUUAGUCAAGGCCACGUGACCAAGAAUCAACUAAUGGCAGUCCCUGUUUAGUUAAGUGAAAGUCUAGGAAUAUAACAAACUGUUUUACUUUCCCUAAAACAAGCAAAAUACUAAUUAUUAUAAUAUUAACAAUCAAAAAAAUUUAAUCAGGCUUAUAAUAUAAAUUGUAACGAAUAUUAUUUUUUGAAGAUUAGCAAAAGUACUGUGAAUAACACAUAGCUUGAAGGAAAAUUUCUCUUGGUACACAUUAAAUUAAAUCGCAGCAAGUGUGCAGGUCUCUUGCUGGUUUCAGACCAACACCCGCCCCCCUUCACUUCUCUUCAAUAUUGCAGAUUAAUUUAUUUUGGAAGAUUCAUAGAAUAAACCGUUUAACAAGGAAAAAGUAGCCAUGGAAUCGAAGUUGACUGAGCUUACUUCCAGGCUUAAUCAGACUACUUGCUUUUCUCAAUUUUAAGAAAGAUUAAUUUUUCAUGCGCCUUUUUGGCAAAUGCUCUGGGUCGCUACUCUGGAGUUACGUUAAUAGCUUUUCAUUUACUUUUAUUUGAUUACCUAAAUUCAGAAAGCUCCAAGAAAACCAUUUGAAGAAAGUUUAUUGGGGACUAUUUCAUGGAUUGAAUAACAUGAAAUACUUGUAAGUAGCAAUAGGUUUGCAAUAGAAAACAUGUUAUGUACCUAACAAACAGGGUAUCACAACAGUUAGUUUCCUUACAUAAGUAAGUCAUUCAGCGUAUUAGAAUGAUUUUAUUUGACCCGAAUAGUUGACGGACUUAAUGCCAAAUAGUUGGAAGUUAAAAAAAGGGAAAAAAACAACGUAAUAAUGCGUAACGCUCCACUGUCAAAUUCCAGAGUUAAGUAAAAUCACUCUUAAAGGCACUUAAUCAAUCAUUUGUGAGGUAAAGGGUUGCGACGUUUCGACCGCGUACCGCAGGUCUCAAUCAGGUGAUAGUGUCGAUUACUGAGUAGGACUAUCUGUACCACAGUCACUGUAUCUCGAACAACGCUCACGGUUAGUGGGUUUCGAUCCAACGCAUUGAUGUCAUUAUUAGAGGAGGAAACUGUUCAUUCAGUGUCCACUGUGGUAGUGAUGACCUGUUGUGUUGUCUGAUCGUAGGCAUCUAUGCUUUAGGGAAUUGAGAUUCCACUGUCCCUAGGCCUCUUGAUGUUGUUAGAGUGAAGUCUUAUGUGAAUAUCCUCUUUAACUCUACGAGAGUAUCAUACGUUGUGGUUCUCGGUGAGUAAACCAAACCUCGUCCCAAAGCGAAUGAUGCCGGUCUCAGAACAGACUGAAGCUUAAGUACGUGAAAGCUGUAUAUCCCUAUCGUGCUCAGUUCAUGCGUGCUCCGUCCCUUUUCUCCAGAGUAUACUUUUCCGCCUUGGCAAGGAAUCUUAAACACUACUCCAUCCUGAUGUGCUGGGCAACGACGAAGUGGUUUUCGGCUGUAGGUUCUUUAUCGACUUUAUCAGGUGCCUGAUUUUAGAUUUCGUAAUGUUAGGUACAAACCCUACGGGUAUCCGUUAGUGACAAGAACAGGGAAUAAAUGCUUCUUUUCCUCAGAGAUCACUGAUGGCUUAGUUAUGAUAGAUUACGGUCAAUCGUAUGAGCACUUGACAACACAUAUGUGAGAUUUUUAUUUCACUCCUUUUUCUUUAGGGAUCUUCAUACUAACAGCAUCCAAACUAUAACACCUGGUGGAUUUGAGAACCUGGAAUAUCUAUCAGAAUUGUAAGCUAUUCGUAUAAGCCCGUUUUAUAUGUUAGCCUAAAUUCUACACUUUCUUUUAGCAAUGGCUUUAAAGGGACUGUUAGAGGGCGAACGUCUGUCAUGACAAUCAUCUUAAGAAUGCACGCCAUUAGUAUGGCAUGUAACGUAUUACAAGACACCCAAUCAGUUACAAGUCAUUAUUUCCCGUUUUCUUUGGGGAUCUUCAUAAUAACAACGUCGUAAGUUGCACCAGGAGGAUGCUAUUCACAAUUGCGAAUGUUUAUCUUUUUAGGGAUCUUCGCGGAAACAACAUCCAAAGCAUAACACCUGGUGGAUUUAAAGGCCUGAAGCAUUUGGAAAAAUUGUUAGCUAUCUCUUAAAUCCCCCUAAACUUAAUUCCAUUUUUACUCGCGUUCAUCUAUCCCGCUAACAGUGAUUCCUCAGUUAAAUUAGCCAAGAGGGGCGAGAGCACUUCGGGGAGGCGGCAUAACAAUUUACGUUACUUUGUAUUACGCCGAUUAAUUUGGCCCCAUGGCCCCAGGCAAACCCCGAGCAUAUAUGGCCAUCAUUUUUGCCAAGGGAAUGGGAAAUUUGACCAUUGCCUGGGUGGGGUGGGGAAAUUGAACCAGGCGAAAAUGUUAAGUUUAAAGUCUUUGGAUCCCGGUCUGACAACGUGGUUUGAUAGAUGGAAGCUAAUUUUAUUCAUUCUUUUACUCACCUUACGACCUUCUUCUGAGACAUUUCUUAAAAAAAAAUUAAAAGAAAAAGAACUUUUCACAUAAUUUAGCCAUGGAAGAACAAUUUAACCAAACAUUCGAUUGAAAACAAAACUUUCCAUUUUUGAAGCAUUUUUGUAGUUUUGUUUGUUUUUUAAACCACUCUUGGAGUGGAUGUUAGCAUUACACGAACAUGGCCUAGGCACUGACAAAUAACCAGGUACAUCCUACGUUCCUUAUAAAAUUUAUAAUUUCAAACACCUUCUUCACUUUCGCGCUUUAUGGUUUUCUCUUAAAAUAUUAUUUUUUAUUUAAUUAGAAUGCUAGACAACAACAAGAUUUCAGAGCUCUUAAAUGGAACAUUUAGUGGUUUGGAUCGUUUAAAUUACCUGUAAGUAUGAAAGAGCCUUCGAAAGUACUUAUAUAAAUAUCCUGGGGAUUCCUUGACUCUUGAAGCUUUUGGUGAAUCAGUUGUAUUACAAUGAAAACUUGCCAUUACACUGCUCUAGGGACGUACGAAAAUAGCCGUUUAACACAGAUACUGAAAUGUUAAGUGGGCGUGGAAAAUUUUUCAGUCUAGAAUAGCGUAUCAACGCAGCAACAGCUCCUCUAUCAAAUUAUUAUGAUGAUCAAAAAUAGUAGUUUUAUUAAAUAAGUUGAUGACCAAGGUAAAUAAAUUUAAAAGCUAUCUUCUCGGGAGUCAGAGCGAAUCGGGUUUUUGGGAUCUUUGUUUGAACGAAAGCUAAGAGCAUUGAGAUCAAUAAGUAUAAAACGUUGUGUCCGAUUAUGACAAAUGUAAGGCCCAAUUCUCUAUCAAAACUGAUUGUUUUUUCAAGGUUUUUUUCCAACCGAUUUGGUUCCUAAUAUAACUUCGAUGAUCCCAACCCUUUUUUCCAGCCGCAGUUGGCAUGUAUAUGAUUUUUUUCAUGAUAUUCUGUUUACAUUAUAUGCAAUAAUCAUCUUUUAUAAUAUACUUUACAUAUUUAACUUACUUUUAAUCCGUUGUCUUAGGUCUUUAAUUAAUAACAGAAUUCAGCGCAUUGCACCAGGAACAUUUGAGGAUUUAAAGGCCCUAAGAUCUCUGUAUGUGUAAGAUAAUAUCUAGAUUUAGCCAGGGCUAAAAGUGAACCUCUCGAUAAUUUUUAUAGUUUGCUCAAACAAAAUAUAAAAUCGUAUAAUGCUAAGCGGCGAAGGCAACGAGAACGGUAAAAAGAAACAAUAGGUCUAAUUAGCAAAAAAGCAACUUUGCACGUACAGCACACUUUUUUUACAUUUCUUUGCUGUUGUUUUGCACGACUGUUACGUGAAACUUCCAGAAACUUCCUAGUUGCACGUUUUAUGGAGGGAAUGUCGGACGUGUUCUUGUUCACUCUUUUUUUCACUGUCGCUCAUUUUCACCCUGGUGACCGCUAGCAUCUCGCCGCUGCAAAAUUUCAUAUUGUUCCUCCAACAGAAAAUGUCUCCUUUUGUUUUUUCUCUCUCGCUCUAGCUCACUUUCUCGUUGAGCUUCGCUUGCCUGUCGCCCUGAUUUCUCUUUGUCUCUGUCUUUCUCUUUCUCUAUAUUCCAAAUUUGUGGACAUGACAAUUAAUCUAAACUUAAUACUUAAAAAAAAACACGGAUACAGAAACAUUUUCCGCUUUCCGUUCUCGUCUUUAUUGACUCUUAAGUUGUGUUUGCUUCACAAGACGCGGGAGGCCAUACGCUUUCCCGCCAAAAUAACCUGACAUUUGGCAUCGGCUUACAUGUAGUGGGUGUACGGACGGUCGUUCGUACGCUACGUCAUAACCAAAUUUUCUCGGAUAGAUAGUUGAGCAAAUUUUCUUACCCAUGGUACUCCACGGGCGCGCUUAGUGCACGAGAGCUCCACUAAAAAUGAUCAAACUUAUAUAAUACAUUGCAUUUACGAGAUACCAUGUGUCUGUUAUUUACUAUAGGCAAGGUUUACUGGGCUGUUCAGUUUGCAAGGUCUCGCCUACUCUGUUUCCUCUCUAAGCGUUCGAUCAAUAUAAGAUUCUUGGAAACUGCUCACCUACCAAUGAGGUUUAAACUCACAAUGGUUCUUUACAUUUUUUUACUUGUAAAUUUUUGUUGACCAUAUAUUCUUGUCCCUUGAAGGUCGCUAAAUAAAAAUAACAUCACAGAAAUACGCAGUCUUACGUUUAAAGGACUACGAUAUGUUAAAAAAAUGUAAGUUGAUAAGGAUGUCUUAUACACCUCCUUUAUUUGUUCAUUCUCUUAGAAUUUCUCAGGUUUUAGCAUGGCCUUAAUCGUUGCUUUUGACUUUAAAUGAAGACUGUGUGUCUGUUCAGUCACUCUUAAACUGAGGUUGUAUCUUUUCACCAGACUUCUGGAGAACAACAACAUUACGACUGUGGAACCAGGAGCCUUUCAUAGCUUCAGUAAAUCCAGGUUUUUUAAUCACUUGUGAGUAUUUAGUUUUCUUUUGUAUAACUGUGAAAGGUUUUACCUUUUCAUUCAACUAAUUGAUUAAUACGGGCGAUGAGCGUUGGUCAUGUCUUUAGGAGUUUUGAGGGGAUGCAAAAGAAAAGAGAAGGAAGGGUUCCGUUACUAUAGCAGCCCUUAUGGUAGCACUGAGGGCACAUGUUGUAAACUGCGUUUUACGCAGUUUGGUUUUCUAGACAGCUCCAAAAAACCUGGUAUUGCAGUAGUCUUUUUUUUUAUCCGUCUGUCCUACGCAACACUAUGGGACCCUCUUUAGUCAGGCUGACAAUGGGUGAUACAUAUCAUAUCGGGUUUGGAAAUCUUAACUACUUUGGUAAAUCUUGACUUAUCCAGGAUACCGCGCAUGCUUUGCAAGUGGAAAGUGUUGAGUCGUGUCUCUUGUUUGGCAUAGUCGACUCCCGAUAACUCGAACCUUGUAGGGAAAUUGAAAAAAGUUCGAGUUAUCGAGAGUUUCAAGCAAAAAACCGAAAAUGAGGCAAUAAGCAAAUGGAUAAGGAGAGAAUGCAAGUAUCAUGCACACUUAAUGUAGUUGUUCUCCCAGGGCAGCAAGAGAUAUAGACUAAUAUUUUGCAGAACGAAUAAAGCAACAAAGCUUGUUUAAUAUAAACGGAUGGGCACUGAAUUUGAACUGGAGUGACAUAAAAGUAAAGACAAAGACUUAAAACUGUUAUUUAUAAAUAAACUCAAUGUUUCGGACUUCAGAGCACUGUUUUUUUGUACUUGUAACGCGCUUAAAACUUGGUUCGAGUUAUCGAGAGUAAAAUGAUAUAGAAAUCAUCUGAAGGGAAACAAAAAUUACUUCGAGUUAGCGGAAGGUUCGAGUAAUCGAGGGUGCGAGUUAUCGAGGGUAAAAUUACAGUAAAAGUAUGAAGAGAUUCCAAGGGAAAUCGACUUUGGUUCGAGUUAGCGCGAGGAUCGAGUUAGGGAGUGUUUGAGUUAUCGGGAGUCAACUCUAUUUAAUCUACGUCUCGCUGUCGAGGAACCGUUUGGUGAUAUCACAGACGUUAUUUGAUGACAUUUUUGUUUUCACUAUCAGCUUAGGGUUUGCCAAAUAUAGGGAAAAUGGUCUAUCGGUGACUGCAGUUCCUAAUGCCUGAAGGUCGUAACUACGUACUGCUUUGUGAGGCAAAGGUGUAGAUGGUCUUGCUUAGUUCUUUAAUCCUAGUUUCGGGGUCUGGCUCAUCAUGAUCACCAUAUGGUCUGCAGACAGUCAAUAGCGUGUAGGAUCGAGUGGGGUUAUUUCUCUUCCUCCAGAUUUUUGAAAGGCUUGCUAAAAAUGAGUCUGAUAUCGCGGCUAUCAUCCAUGUUUCCUAAAGUCCAGCUAUGUCCGCGUUCAGUUUCUCGAGCUCCUAGUUUUUUUACAGAGUUUUUAGAGUUGUUGUUAUCCUAAAGGGUAUUAGGAAUGCCGGCGAGUUUUUGUUUUCUUCCAGUCUUCACUUUUUCUGAGUUCUUUUCUUACUUUGUGCGAUGGUUACAGUAAGCUGCUCCUCAUACACCUGAGGAAAAUAAAGAAACUGACUGUGGUGGGAGAGCUCCUUACUGGCUGGGGGCUUCCAAGCCUAAGCAGAUGAUGGCUCUUCAGAGAGAUCUGAGAAUCUUUUGAAUGCAGCACGUGGCGUCGAACUUUUCAUUAAUCGAGUGGUUGCUCGUAACCGGUUACUGCUACUCCCCACGUCUUUUCAACGCCGCCGUCGGUGAGGUGGGAGCUAUGCUUUCCAGCUCAGUGAUAACAAGGGCUUAGCAGUGUUGCAUGAAGGAAAGGCUGUUGCCAUGUAGCAUGUACCCUCUCCGCUACGUCCUCAAUGUACUGUAUCACAAGACAGCCAGACUGAAACUAACCUCGUGGUUUAAUAUAUCCCAAGAUAUUUAGGGUAUUUUCAUGAUAGGAUACGUGACAUCUCCCCUUUUUAAAACAACAAAGAAGCUGCUGUGGUAAACUGUAAACAACUACAUGCAAAAUUUAAAAAAGCUUAAUCAUAGAAAGCAAAUGAACCCAUUGUCAACAUCCUUAACUUGACAGUUCAUAAAAGUUCACAGUUCAGGCAUAGUCUUAGUCCCGACCUCAGCGAUCACGAUCCUUUGCUACUCCUGGUUUACAAGGUCUGCUUUGGAUACCGGUUGGAGUAGUACUAGUGGCUUUCUAAAGUCAUGAGGUCUGUGUUGCAUCAGUCUAUUUGUUCUUUGCUUGUGAAGCUCUCUUGCGGAGGAGACGACAAUUCCUUUGGUAGAAUUUACCAUCUACCAUUUUCCAAAGAUCUUACUGUGUGAUGCUUGCUUACAACAGUAGCUUGGGUCCAUUCAUUCUCAUGAUACAUGAAUUAAGGAGGUAACUCCUUGUUGCUUCGUUGGUCAUAAGAAAAUCUCUCUGUCCUGCUGAAAGCGCUGCUGAAUUUCUUGUGAUCCUUGGGUUUUAAGGAAAUUGACCUUUGUUAGUAGGGACGUUUUUAACUUUAGACCCAUGAGCGUCUCAGCAGGGGAAAGGCUUAUACCAUCCAAAAGAGUGUUUCUAUUGUUCAGCAGUACCUUGGAAGGAUCUUGUGCUGUCUUGAGAGGAUUCUUGAUGUUUUUAACUGCUCUUUCAACUUCCCCAUUCGCUUCAAUUUAUCUUAAAGGUCAAAUGAACCAAAAAAUUGAAAUAUUUUCUUUUGUCGCUUUACCGUCACCAAACACUAAAAAGAACCAUCCUAAGUGAUAUUUGGGUAAAGAUUUUUCUUCCCAAGCCUUUAUAGAAAGAUAAAAGAUCAAAAUCCGAGCAUUUCCGAGUACUUCACGAAAACGUUUCUGAAAUGCCCGCGUGAUAGACUGGAGACUACGUGACGUCAAUGUUGGUCUUUCAGGGCGGAAAAACGUUCUGCGCAAGCUUCUGCGCAGCCCUCAUCGCCUGCGUUUGUUUGUCUCGUUCUGUGAGAGUUCUGACUGAGACUGAAUGAAAUACACAAGGUGCGAACGUUUGCUCCUUCUAAAGGCUUUUUUUUUUGUUUUUGUUUUUGUUGUUGUUGUUGUUUUUUCGUCACUUGAAAAUUACUUUGGAUUCAGAACAACCAAUGUUAGAGUAAAAACAGAUCAUUCCGUCAGUCUGCGGAGUAAUAAAACGUUUUGAACAUUUCAAAAGAGAUUUGUACUUUUCUAUAAUUGUGCAUUCGAUUUAUGAAUUGAUUUUGUGUCCAGUGCUUCGCCUUCUUUCGCCGGGCUGAAUUAAACUGACCCGCUUGUAUUCAGUUAUUAGUAGUUACGGUUAGUUUUUUUACAUGCCCAGAUUCAUUUACCAUUCCAGAACCAGCUUUAUCCUAGUCUUAAUGUCAAAGAACCGUAAUGCUAACGUUUGCGAGUCAACAAAAUUGAGCGCUCAAAACUUCCUCGGAAAUAUAAGGCUAGCAAGCUUAUUCGAGAAGAAGAGACUACUUCCAUCACUUUUCUGUUGCUCAAGUAAUAAUAGUCAGAGUAUUUUUUUUUCUUUUUUCAUUUUUAAUUACGUAGUUUUGUUUUCUCUCUGUACGCAAAUUUUCCUUUUCACUCGCUGUGAAGUAGCUGAGAACGACAACUGCCGGCAGUGGCUUCAAAACAAUUAACUCUUUGCCCGAAAACAAUUGCUGGAGCUGGAUUUGACUGAAGCGAGCAAAACAACCCUUAUGUGCAAUUUUUGUACUUUCUAAUGAUUCAGUUUGCUGAGUUUAAUUUGCUUGAAUGAAGACCCUCGCAUGGACCAGUUUUUAAAAAUAGCUAAAUGGUGAAUCAUGGCUUGGGUGCGAAGCUUGCAACUGAUCUUUUGCUUUUAAGAUCUUUAGUUAGGUUAUUUCGCACAGAAAAUUCACUUCUUCAUUGUCAGCAGGUAUAAGAGCCUUAAGCCUUAUUGUUUUUUGAGUGGAAAUUUGUUGUUUUGCAACCUUAUUGAAGGUUUUUUUAGUUCACUUAAGCUGAAUUUUUUGUAUGAUGGAAUUGUUCUUUGCUUGUCGCCUCUCUCUGCGAGCUUAAAGUGGCGUCUAUGGUCCUUAAAGUGACCUCAGUCGGUAAUUAAAUCAUAUACAUAAGUGGAGAGAAGUUUUUGCAAUAAUGCAACUUCAACUUUGUUUGAAGGAAAUCUUACUUGGUUUUUGAGAAGUGUUAUGUAUGUUCAACUUGACAACACAAAGCAAACUUUAUCUGCGCGAAACGAUCAAGUUUAAAAAAACUGUAGUUGCUUUGAAACCGAUUUUGGGGAAGAUUUUGCUAGAUAAAGAUUAACUGUUUUUCUUCCCACAUAUCAACGCCAAAACUUCUACAUGGAGGAUUUUGUUUAUAUUUUAGUGUUCUGCGAAGCACAAGUGUCCGAUCGAGCGUGGGUUUUAAAAUAUCAGCUCCAGUGCGACAAAGUUCAAUGACUUCAAACACAUUGUGGGCAAGCGUGAAUUUCUUUGGGCAAAUCACUAUGCAAGGAUGUUUUGUUUUUGUGUCCACAGUCGAGCUCCGGACCUUAUAUAUCGAGAAACGUCUUUAUAUGAACACAUUUUGUGAAUAAAUCUUGAAAAGAAUUGGACCUACGCACGCAAAUUUCCAGUACAGCGCAAGGAAAUUAAUGCCGUCGUUAAAGUCCGUUUUCAGUAUGAUGUAUUUUCCGAGAGAAUUAAAUAAUAAGGUUAUAACCACAGCUGCAACUUUUGAAGACAAAUUGCUUGUUCUUUCUAGGUUUAUGGCCGCACAAGCCACCACAAUGUCUGCGCCAAGUCGACUCGAAAAACACUGUUUUGAAUUUCCUGCUUUUUUUCACCUGACCAACAUUGACGUCACAAGCUGUUUUUACCGACAAUUUUUUCUACCGCUCUACGAAGAUAAGGGCCAAAAAAUAACAAUUUUUAAUUGCGAAUAUCUCGGAGAUGCUUGCUUCAAUUGAGCUGAAACUUCAUAGUAUGUUUAUUCGGUUCAUAUUAAACAUAUUUCACCAGAAUUGAACUAAAAUAAAAAAUGUCGAAUUUUUGGUUCAUUUGACCUUUAAGGUGAGUUAAGUCGGAUAUGUCGGCGGGCACUUCGCACAUGCUGAUUUAAACUUAAAACCAAUGCUUUGCAUUGUAAAUUGAAAUGAGUCAAGUUAAAAAUCAACAGAAGAAAAACCUUAAACUAAAGGUAGAGAUUUCAGCGGUAAAUAGUGAACUCCAGAAACUGAAAUCGAUCAUCGAGCAACAACGACUUCAAGCGGACACCUCACAGGUAGGAGACGCUGCAACAAGAUAUGGAAACAGUAUCCAAACGAGCGUUGAUUUCUUGUGUGAGGACCACCAUAUAAUGAAAAGCUUUCGGGCCGCGAGAAUAUCUCGAAACAACUUGACAAUCUAAGGCAUAAGCUUGAAGCGAUUUCUACAGGAGUUGACAGUCUGGACGCCGCCAUUGAUGACUUACUUAAGUACGGCUUUCAGUAUAACGUUAAAAGUGUUGGGCUUCCUGAAAGGAACGAGCAUGAGUCUGCUGAAGCCACCACGCAGUUGCGUUUGAAACUUUUCUAUGCUAUCGGAGCCGAUGGAGUUUUUGGUCUCUAACAUUAAAAAUAUCUGGUCGACCUGGAAAGGUAUUGAUAUUGGGAAAUGCGAAGAAGAGCGGAAAAAUCGAAACGAAUUAAGUUCAUUCGUCGAAACGAGCAUUCAUGUUCAAGAUAAUGAAGAUAAUUAUUUGAAUGUUAUUCAUUCAUUAGGAAUAAGUAAUUUUUUAUAUAUACCUCUAGUUGUAAUGUUAGUCUAUUUUCAAAUAACAAAGUCCCUGCACGUGUAAUUUACAGGUAACUAGCGAAAACGUAUAGUUUUUCUGUCUAUAUAUUAUUGUAUUUCUUUUCUUUUUUAAAAAUAUGUUAUUUUAUAUCGCCUUGGUUUAAAGUUUUGUCCUGCCCUGAUUAGCCUAAUAGCUAUUUGCGGGGCGUACAGUAUUCUAAAACUUUAUCGUUUUGUUAACAAAUACGUUAAACGCUUGAUGUGGUAUAGACAAGACCACAGCUCUUGCUGAAAUUAGUAAAUACUGAACUAGCAUACUGAGACCCAUUGUAACCAAUAAGCUCAUCAGGUAUGCUAUGUCGAGCAAAUUGACUCUUCAGAUGACAGAUUAUAUUGCUGCUGAUUGAGUUGUCUAGCUUAACAACUUCAAUCCACUUCCAAUAGUAAUCUACAUACAGAAGGUAAUGAACUCCAUUACACUCAAACAAGUCACUUCCACCUUUCGAACAUGGUCUGCCAGGGAAGUUUUGAAUUAUCAUUGACUCUCUUGAUUGAGUUCUCUGAAACUGGGCACAUAAAGAACACUGAGGCACUUUAUCUUCAAUUUGGGACAACGUCUCUGGCCAAAAUCGAAUGUCGCUGGCGCGCUGCUUGCAUUUCGCUUUAUCUUAGUAUGACUCCUGGAUAGGCUUUUGUGUUUUGAAUAAUAUCCCACCAACGUUUGAUAUUUCAUCUCUGCACCAAUACUCGCGGACAACUAAUGGUAGCUCUUGUUAGUGACUGGGCCAUCCAUUUCGAAAAACUGUGCUUAAGGCUUGCGGGGCUGGAUCGUCUGCACUAGCUUGCUGGAAGUCACUGUACCUUUCUUGUGAAAUGGGAAGGUAGGCUGUAAGCUGCACUUCGUUUACUUCCAAAUUUGGGCUGAGGCUUUCUUCACUCUCUUCCAAAAAAAGCUCUGCUCAAAGCAUCAGCAACAGAGAGUUCAGAUCCGGGUACAUAUUCCUCUUUUAAUUCAUAGCGCUACAAUGUCAGCAUCACCUUCUACAGCCUCAGAGAUGGUUCAUGUGAGGGCUUGUAUAAGAUGUAUUGCAAUGGCUUGCUGUCUACCUCAACUUCUGUUGUUCCUCCUUAGACAUACUGACGAAAUUUCUGCACUCCAUACACAACCGAAAAGGUUUGCUGUUUCAAUUUGUGCUUACUGCUGUCGGGUUUGUGUGAAGGCUCAUGAAGCAUAGGGCAGGUGCUUCUCAUCUUGCAAAAUGAUUGUCCCUAACAUUUGGAACUUGCACCUACAGAGAUGCAUAAUUGUUUUCCUGGAUCAUAUUAACAAAGUAUUGGUGUUGAGGAGGCCAUCUGCUCGAGCGUCUGAAAGCUUUCUUCUUGCUUGCCUUCUACAUCUGGGAAUAGCUCUGACAUACGGUUCUGACACACCUCGAGAGCUGAUUUUAUUCCAAAUGGUAACCUUGUGAACCGGUAUCUUCCGAAUGGCGUAUUGUAUGUGCAAAACGUUGGGCUAGCUUCAUCUGAGUUCACUUGCCAAUAUCCAGAAGUGGUGUCAAGGACCGAAAACACUUUUGUUUGAGGCAUACCAGUAACAACUUUUUCUACAGUAGUCACUGGAAAGUGUUCCCUUCUAAUUGCUUUUUUAAAUCUCUCGUUUCAAUGUAGAUGCGAAUCUUGUAAGGCACUUUUACGGCCGCUACCAUACUAUCCAUCCAGUCAGUAGGCUCUUUCUGCUUUACUACUAGUAGUCAAGCUCUUCUUUGAUUUUUUUUCUUUGAGCCAAACAGGCACAUUUCUUGGUAGAUGCUUGAUUCAACUUUGAUUGUGUGUUAACCUGGAAGGUAACCUAGGCUUCUGAAUAUUGCUCAUAGAUGAUUUGAGACAUUCCCAGUGGAAACUUUGAGAGGUUCUCUUGCUGAUAUAGGUGUACUCGGGCAAGAAGACCAAUGUCUGUGCAGGUUUGGGGAAGAAAUACUGUAGGAGCCUCCAUUUCAACUACGUUACGUGGACAUUUUCAUACAACAUCAUAACUCUGCACUCACAAGGUAAUGUCACUACUCCUUUAGUAGGAAUUGAUAGCCUGAGAAUGUUUUAAGUUUCACUUGAGUCGUCUCAUAGGACUAGCGAGAAGCAAAAUCUUGCAUAUAACGUUGGAAGACAUGAAAUUGACUUUAGCACCAAUAUCUAGUUGGACCUUUACAACUUUGCCUUCAAUCUUAAGGUCUUCACACCAUUCAUUUGUGUCUAUAUCAUUAACUGGGGUGGUUCAUCCGACAAAAAAAUUCAUCAUCACUACAUUCAUCUAGACAGUUCACUUAUUCUUAUCUGGGUUUUUUGACAGGCAAACGAUGGCAAAAUGAUUGAACUUGUAGCAUUUUGAACAUGUCUUUCCUUGAGCUGGGCAUUUGCCUUUGUCACGUUGAUAGCCACAUCUGCCACAAUCUUUUCCAGAGCGGGUUUUUUGUUCCUUGCCUUUACACUAUUUAUGCUUAGAUUUUCUUCUGCCAUGGUUUGCAACUGUGCCUGCGAUAUUUCUUCAGUUUGGGCAAUAGAAAUGGCUUUUUAUAGGUUCAGGUCUGAGCCUUCGUUAAUGAGUUUUUUUCUUUGAAGAAUGGCAGCUCAUCACAACUCGGUCUCGAGCCAUUUCAUCGGGGUCAGCAUAACCAUAAGCUGUUCAAAGGAAUCACCGCGUUGUUGCACUCUCAAAUGAAAUUUACAUGUGGCAAACACCUUGUUCGAUCUGUGCGUCACUUAGGAUUCAAAUCUUGUGUAUUGCGAAUGUGUUCCACACGGUUGGCAGAUCGUUUCUCGUCCAAUCCAUUUUUGGAACAAAAUUUCAUUCAAUGUCGUCUCCUCAGGUCUGACGGAGGUUUUUGCAUAUCACUGUUGUAGCUCAGCUCCGUGUUUCCUUUGUCGUUUGGAGAAAUUCUUUAUAUUUCAGAACACCAUGUUAUGUACUGUAUCACACGACAGCCAAAUUGAAUCCUGUCCCAGCAUGCUUAGGGUACUUUCAUGAUAUUCAUGAUAGCAAAUAUGACAAGGUACAAACGCCUUUGUAGGAGUUACCACUAGUAGGGUGUAACUUAUCAAGGCAAUGAUGUAAAGGUAAAAACUUUAAAAAAAGGUUUCUUGCAACUUUUACUUCAACUACUACUACUACUACUACUACUACUACUACUGGAAUAUAUUAGCUAUCACUACUACUUUGGUAAUAUAUAGAUUUAGCCAGGGCUAAAAGCGAAGCUCUCAUUAAUAAAUUUAUAAAUUUACUUUGCAAAAUCUUGCCAACAACCUGGGUGCGUGUAAACCAACCUUUUAUACUUUUUAUACAUCACAUCUGGGGUAAAACAGUACUAUGAGGCGCUGUUUUUAUCAUACAUAUCUCAGACAAAAUGCAGUAUUUCUCAAUUUUUCAAGACAAAUUGCACUCAUUCAAUAUUCAGAACCAUUUGAUCAUUUGACAGCUGUCAAUUGAUCACAACAUUGAUGUGCAAUCAGUUUUCUCCUGGGCUCCCUGGGCUCCCUGGGCUCCCAAAAUAGCUAGAAAGUGUGAGAGUAAACAUUGGCAUGCCUGCAGUACGGACUGAUGGCAGGUCGGUGUACGGUAACGUGAUUACCAAAUUUUCGGGGAUGGGUAGAUUUACUUACCCAUGGUACUCCGCUGGCGCGCACGAGGGUUCCGCUACAAAGAAGUCCUCGGGCCGUCGACUUCACUGUGUCCACAAAUAGACCAUAACUAUUCAGGUAUGCAUCCGUUUUGCCAAGUCCUGUUCUCCAGCAUGAAGUCACGAGACACGUACCUCUAGAAGUAAAACGCGAACUCUCUAACCAGAAAUGUCCAGGUUUAGUGCAAUAGUCCCAGACAGAAUCCAUGAACAUUAUGGUUCAAUAUCUUUUGUUAAGGAUAAAAAUGGAAAGUUGAUUAUAAAAGUUCAAAUCACAAUAAAAUAGAAUUUAAAAAUGCACCGCUCUAUGCCAAUACGUGACGAUCACAUUUAUUGUUUAUUUUUUUAUACUUUCCUUUCUUUUUCAAUUAAAUGUAGGUCGAUUGCGAACAACAAGUUGGAGAUUAUUAAAAAUAAGACUUUCUCUGGCCUUAACUAUCUAUACGAACUGUAAGUGGUGUUUAUAUAUAUUUUUUAUUGCAAUUUCUUUAUAUUUUUUAUUUGAAGAGUAGUACUACUGCUUGUAUAUAUUAGUUACAUUGAUCUGUAGUGUGAAACGUUUGGCCACUCCUUAAGUAGCAGAAGCUAGUAGUCGCUGUUGUGCUCAGGCUAGCGUUCAUCGCUCUGUGCAAUGAAAUCCUUAACUGAGAUCCUUUUUAGUCAAAUUUGUAAAGGCAAGUUUAUUGGAAAUAGAUUUUACUUUCCUUUGUUUCAAAAUCAUUUUCAUACGCUACCAUACAAACAACGAAAGGCGGUAGAUUUCAAUCGAGGAAAAAAAUUUUAAAAAAAAUCAGUAAAAUAACCAUACUUACUCAAAACCAUAAGCAAGCAAUACAAGUGAAUAAAUUGUCCAAAUCAGACAUGACCCAAACCUUAAAGAUACCGCAUGUAAAGUUGACUACCCAGCAUAUUAUCUUCACAGUUACAUGGAUAACAACGACAUUCACCGCAUCGAGGCUACCGGAUUCUACCGAAUGAGAAAACUCAGAUACUUGUAAGCUAUGUUUAAACAAAUGGACACGUAAAUCGACCACAGUUUACCUGAUCAGUAUAUGCAGGUCCUCAAUACUUCUGAUUAGCUAGCUUGGAGGAGAUAAGCAACCUUCCCUAUUCAAAAGAGGAACCAGAUGCCUCAUUGUUGUUGUUUUCUUAUUUCUUUGUACCCAUGUUCUUUUCCUUGUCACUAGCGUGACGUUGUUUCCCUUUUUUGUCGUAUUCAUUAUGAAGGCAUUGUGGCAGAGUGGUCAGUGCGUCGGACUAGCAAUCCGGCGGUCCCGUGUUCGAGUCCCACUCUAGUCGCUUGCUGGAUUUGUUCUAGGUCGUUCCGAGUACACAUCCUUAGCCAUGUUUGUAAAUAACUAACUACUUGCCUCCUACCAGUUGGUCUUUCAAUACUGUUAGGUUCUAUUUGAAUUAUUCGUUCAUAAUUAUUUACAAUAGAAAAAUACGCUGAAUGUACUUCCCACUAUACCAAGCGAAAUGAAACAGUCAUGGAGAUAACAAACUCAAGGUUUAAACAGCAGUUUGACGUGGUUGUUAGAGCUUCCCCCUCCGAAUAACUCCAAAAUAUUACUAACCGUGAAACCUUCAUGUGGCAGUCUCUUUCGGAGGCAAAUUUAAAAAAAUUCUUGGGAGAAAAAGUUUCAAUCUGACCAAACCAUAUUUCAAUACUUUUUUGUCAACCACCUCGCGCUUUUGUUAGUCACACCUAUGGAAAGGUUGUUUUUUUUUUUAUCUGGUCGUAAAUUAAAUUUCCAUGGAUGAAAGCAACAUAGAAUGACAUAGAAUUUGCUCAUUGUGUUAUUUAAUUAGUUAUAAUUAAUCGUUAGAUAUUUAAGAGGUAACCGAUUGCGAUGCAUCGCUUAUGGAACAUUCUACUACACAAAGAAUCUUUACAAACUGUAA